GGGGGACCCCGAAUUUAGGAAACCUCCAUAUGUGGUUAGGCCAUGAAUUGGGGGCGCAUCCCAAUUAGUAUGUGAUGAACAAAUAUGAAUCAUCAUGAAAGGUCCAUCCAGUCCAUCAGUCCCCGUUUGGGUCCUUCGCCCUGGCGGAAAGUGAUCAAUUCAUCCGUUGAUGGUUUCAAUGGACUGAAGGCUUCGAAGUUGGAUGAGGAAUUGCAGGUGGCAGGGGCGAGACUUUGGAAGCUGAGCCUUGGCAGCAGAUGAUGCUCAGCACUACUUACAGGGCAUUUUCCAUCAUUUGCUGAAAGACAGCGCAGUGGUCGUGGUCCCAGAGACGUCGAUUUGAUGGACAGCCAACAUCUCUGCGCAACGGAGAUGGAAGAAUUGGCCCUGGGUUCCGAUAUUCCGAUAUCAUUUGGUCCAUUGGACGCCAAGGUCACGAGCUUGAUGAGCAAAAGGCAAGCAAACUGUUGAACACAGUGCGGCUGCUUCUCCCAGUGGCAUCCAAAGUAUCUCAUGAUCCUGAAGAUGAGUACCUUACAGAGAUCUUGUUUCGGACGUUUCGGAUUGCGAAUUUACGUAAAUCAGAUGAAUAAUAUCCUUUUACAUCAUUUUACAUGAUCAAGGUCCCUAGGUCCCCCCAGGGCCCAGGUCCGGUCUUGUAAUGCCUCAGGAGGACGCCUGCUACUUCGAAGAGCAUGGCUGCUACCCUCCAGAUUUCUGCCAAUCAAGUGCCAAAGCUUGUUGCGUCAAUCUUUGGCCUGGAGGCUAGCAUCGGUGCUGAUGUUUGGGGCGUCGCUGCAAAAUCGACAUCAUGGUUUAUGUUCAGCCCCCCCUCUUACUCUCCAAGUGAGUCAAGUGAUCCCUUGGAGAAGUCCUUGUUGCAAUUCUUCAGCCUACAGUCCAGAUUGCUUGUGCACUGUGGAAACUUCAACCUAAACCAUGAGUCGAUGCCAUGGGCCAGACAUGCAGGCUUUGGGCAGGACUUGUUGCGACGUAUUUUGAAUCACAAAGAAAGGCAGGGCCAGCCGCAUCCUCAGCCUCUGCGGGGUCUCUUCAGAUAUUUUUCCUUCUGA